GCGUAGAUAGCCGUGAGUCUGACAGCUGGAUGCUUAUCGAUAAGACGGCGAAGGUGAAUUCUCCGCCUCACCAGAGUUCGCGAUGAUCAGCUACCUCGACUACUCCAACCUCAGUCAAUCUCAAUCAGUCUCACCCACACCAAUUAUACCCAGCAAUCUGACGAACCAACCUCCUCCUACCUCAUAUCUAAAUCGGAAUCCUAACGCCGAAAAAAACAAAGAACAAAGAACAAUGUCCGACAACGACCAACAACCACCACCACCCCAAACCUCAGAAACCCCAGCAGAUGAGCAACACAUUCAACCCCCAAAACAAUCCAAACCCCGCCUCCAAGUGCAUACCCACCACUGCCGAUUCUGCAGCCAUCUCAUCCUCUCCACAACGCGGACGAUAUCAUCUCUGCCGCGCCGAAAAGAACCCUCCAAAGAUGCCGCGUUGAUUUUACCCUUACCUGCCGAUGAUGACGUUGAGGAUGACGAUGAAGAGGAAGAGGGAAAUGGGGCUGCUGGGGACGCGAAACGGAAACAGAAACAUUAUACGAUUCUGCUCUCUACUACCAUUCCGGAUCGGAAACCGACGCUUGUGCGUCGUGAGGAUGGGUUUGAGAAGCGGUUGUUGUUGAGGUGCGGUCGGUGUCGGGUGGUGGUGGGAUAUUUCCUUGAUCCGAUCCAUUUUCCCAAGGAUGUAUCUGCGGGUGGUGGUGAUGAUGAGGAUGGCAUGGGAAUCAACGACAAGGCUAAGGUGGUGUAUAUUCUGCCUGCGGCAUUAAUGGAGACGGAAGUCAUGGACGAUGAAGAAAAGAUUCGAGGGACGGACGGGGAGUGGAGCGGAUGGGCUGCUUGAUCGUAUACAUGCAUACAUAUACAUCUAUUUUGCAUCUACGGAACAUGCACGAGCAUAUAAACAUACAAUACAUUGUCUAUCUACGGAGCCCACAACUCCAGUCACCAUGUUGUAGACAGAACCUCGUAACAGGAAGAAAUCAUAGAAACGUGAGGGGUAUCGUGAAUCGUUCAGUUGGCGAGAAUGGUACGGACGAGGUCUGCAAAGUUAGAAGAACGAAAGCAAGCUGAGACAGGUAGCACAUACCAGUGUAGUUGAUCUCGCCGGAGCUGGUGUCAACCGCCUUGAGAAGCUCGUCCACCUCGUCAUCCGACAUCUUCUCUCCGAGAUUUGUGAGGACUAAACAGU